AAAGUUUCGCUGCAGCAGCAGCGGCGGCCGCGGCCCAGCCGGCACCUCACGGACACCCGCCCCGGGGAGGCCGCCUGCUCCGCGCCGGAACUAAAUUGGAGGAAUCCAUCAUCAUUUUUGAUGCGAAGGCUUCAUCACUGACAUCUCUAUGUUCAUUUGUCACCCUCCAGGAAAUAAUACGGCUCAUCAGCUGCAAUAAGUGCUUUGGGUGUACACUGACAUUUAUUUGGAAAAAAGCAAAUUAAUUAACAAAAAAACCCAACAGACAAAACCCGACAAACUUUUUGAAGACUUGUGUCAAAUGACGUCAAUGGCCAGUUUGUUCUCCUUUACUAGCCCAGCUGUAAAGCGUCUGUUGGGCUGGAAACAAGGAGAUGAAGAGGAAAAAUGGGCAGAAAAAGCUGUUGAUGCUUUGGUAAAAAAGCUGAAAAAGAAAAAGGGUGCUAUGGAAGAACUGGAGAAAGCCUUGAGCAGCCCAGGGCAGCCCAGCAAGUGCGUUACUAUCCCCCGCUCCUUGGACGGACGGCUGCAGGUUUCUCACAGGAAGGGCCUUCCCCACGUCAUCUACUGCCGUGUGUGGCGCUGGCCCGAUCUGCAGAGCCACCACGAGCUGAAGCCCUUGGAUAUUUGUGAAUUUCCUUUUGGAUCCAAACAAAAGGAAGUCUGCAUUAAUCCAUACCACUACAAGAGGGUGGAGAGCCCAGUUCUACCUCCAGUGUUAGUGCCUAGACAUAGUGAAUUCAACCCCCAGCACAGCCUGCUAGUUCAGUUCAGGAACCUGAGCCACAACGAGCCGCACAUGCCUCACAACGCGACGUUUCCGGACUCCUUCCAGCAGCCCAACAGCACUCCAUUCUCCAUCUCACCAAACAGCCCCUACCCCCCUUCUCCAGCCAGCAGCACUUACCCAAGCUCCCCAGCCAGCUCUGGGCCAUCCAGUCCCUUUCAGCUGCCAGCUGAUACUCCACCUCCUGCAUAUAUGCCCCCUGAUGAACAAAUGGGGCAGGAUAAUUCACAGUCUAUGGACACAAGCAAUACAAUGAUCCCUCAGAUCAUGCCAAAUAUUUCUACCAGAGAUGUUCAGCCUGUUGCCUAUGAAGAACCCAAACACUGGUGUUCCAUUGUGUAUUAUGAGUUAAAUAACCGUGUUGGGGAGGCUUUCCAUGCAUCUUCCACAAGUGUCUUAGUAGAUGGCUUCACAGACCCCUCCAAUAACAAGAACAGGUUCUGCCUAGGCUUGCUCUCCAACGUGAAUCGCAACUCAACGAUCGAGAACACUCGGCGGCACAUUGGCAAAGGAGUUCAUCUCUACUAUGUUGGUGGAGAAGUCUAUGCUGAGUGUUUAAGUGAUAGCAGCAUAUUUGUACAGAGCAGGAACUGCAACUACCACCAUGGCUUUCAUCCAACAACUGUAUGCAAGAUUCCCAGUGGAUGCAGCCUGAAGAUUUUUAACAAUCAGGAGUUUGCUCAGCUUUUAGCUCAGUCUGUCAAUCAUGGAUUUGAAGCAGUAUAUGAGCUCACCAAAAUGUGCACCAUUCGAAUGAGUUUUGUAAAGGGCUGGGGAGCUGAAUAUCACCGGCAGGAUGUCACGAGCACCCCGUGCUGGAUAGAAAUUCAUCUUCAUGGGCCCCUCCAGUGGCUGGAUAAAGUACUUACACAAAUGGGUUCUCCUCUUAAUCCCAUCUCAUCUGUUUCAUAGUGCUGCAAUUCCACCUUCAGCCUUAUUUUUAGUGAACUUAUUCUAAUUCUAGAGAAACUUCCAGUGGAUACUGUGAGCUAUAUGGAGAAUGGAUCUUAUGAUUUAACUGUUUUUUUUUAGAUCCCUUUGUGACCAAUUCCAUUGUGUAUAGCUAAUCAGUUUUACAUUUCAAAUUGUUCUUGUGAUGCUUAAGUGACAGUUGAGCCCUAAGGGAAAAAAUAGUCUAUUGAAAAAUUCAGAACACUUUUCCCCUUCUUCCCCUUAAAACUUAAACAGACAAAUGUCUUAACUGGAAAACCUUUUUGUCCUGUAGGGACAAGAAUUAAUGAAGACUGACUUCAGAAAAUAAAUACAUAUCAUAA